AUAAUAUUAUAAUUAACUAAGAUAAUUUAAAUAGACCUUCGUUUGUUUUGAAUAAAUUACAUAGUGCAUAUCACUGUUCAUACACUUUGGCAAGGGACUUACAGUAAUGGAAUUAAACACAACCGAAUUUCUCACAACUUUCAUCGCUGCAGUUUCAACAUAUUAUCCAGAAGAUGUCGAUUUGAGUCAACGGCCCAUUGACUGGCCACAGGACCAAAUCCUGGACUCGUACGACUUCAUCAUAAUCGGAGCGGGAUCUGCUGGAUGCGUUCUGGCGAGCAGACUGUCAGAAAUUUCAAACUGGAAAGUACUUUUGAUAGAGGAUGGUGGGCAGGAGACAGCCGUAUCUGACUCUCCUGGGCUCGACCCUUACACUUUUAACACCGACCUUGACUGGAACUACACUACUGUCAGACAACCGAGAGCAUGUUUAGCUCGAAAUGGUAGCUGUUUAUAUCCGAGGGGUCAUGUGAUGGGAGGUUCGAGCACAAUAAACGAGAUGAUGUAUGUUAGAGGAAGUUCUUUUGACUAUGACGAAUGGGAAGCCGAUGGAAACCCAGGUUGGGGAUAUAAGGAUGUCUUACCGUAUUUCAUCAAGUCUGAGACUAUCAAUAUUCCCGAGCUCGUCGACUCUCCAUAUCAUGGAAGGAAUGGUCCGAUGUCGGUACAGCUGGCAUACUAUGAGACUCCGUUUUCACAAAUUUGGAUCAAUGCCGCAGAAGAAUUUGGCCUUCCUUAUGGAGACUACAAUGGGGAGAAUCAGAACAGGGUGAUGAGGGUGCAGUCUGAUAUUUUGGGCCCAUCAAGACAGAGUACUUCAAAAGGAUAUCUUAAUCCAGUGAGGAACAGGACAAAUCUUCAUAUUGUAAUGCGAUCAAGGGUUACUAAAAUUAUUAUAGAUCCAACCACUAAGACAGCAACAGGUGUGCAGUAUGUAAGAAAUGGUCAAAUCUAUCAAAUUAAUGCAAUGAAAGAAGUUAUCUGUUCUGCUGGGGGUAUUAACACACCUCAAAUAUUAAUGUUAUCUGGAAUAGGUCCUGUUGAAGAACUCGAAUCAUUGGGUAUUCCAGUCAUUGCAAAUCUGCCCGUUGGAAAGUACCUUAUGGAUCAUAAUCAGGCCCCUUUAAUAUUCUUGAUUAAUCAAAAUAUUACACUUACAACAAGUGUUUAUAAGACUGAAGAAUCAUCAUUGGAAUAUGCAAAAUACCGACAAGGCCCUUUGACCACAAACGGUUUCGAUGCAGUCGGUUUUUAUAAUGCUGCCCAAGACCUACAGAGUCCAUCUGAUCUAGGAUUGCUUUUUGUUAGCUGCCUCCCAGAAACAAACACACAAGAUCUACCCUUGUUGAUGGCCAGUGUUUUCAACAUAAGACCACUAAGCUUUGGGAGCGUGACGAUCAAUUCAACAGACCCUUUUGACCGACCUAUAAUUGAUCCGAAUUUUUUUGGAAACCUGGAAGAUAUGCAGUUGAUGUUCAAAGGUUUGAAAAUGAUUUUGGAAAUUACCAAUACAACAGCUAUGAGACAGCUGUCACCCCAAUUGUACAAGGACUUCUACCCAAACUGCAAAUCUAUAGAUGACAUGAACCAAUUGUUGGUGUGCAUCAUGGAAGAGUACUCAUUUACAGUGUACCACCCUGUUGGAACCGCAAGGAUGGGACCAGAUCCAAAAACAUCUGUUGUAAAUUCCAACUUGGCUGUACAUGGAGUGAAAAAACUGAGAGUUGUCGAUGCAUCCAUCAUGCCUAGAAUUGUUCGGGGAAAUACAAAUGCUCCUACAAUCAUGAUUGCAGAAAAAGCUUCUGAUUUAAUAAAAAACAAUUUCCAUAAAAAAAAGAAACUCAUAAACUUAUUGAAUUUGUUGAAAUAUAGAUAUACAUUAUAGAAUUGCAAAAUAAAUCUGGCAAAGUUGUGGUUCUCUUGAA